AUGAUGGGCACGAAGCCACAAAUGGCGAAUGCGGCAGCUGUUGACGCCAAGGACAAGCUUCUCGCUCCAAAUAGAUGUUUCAACAUUAAGAUUAAGGAUAUCAAGCUUCACGAAAAGAAGGUCAACCACAUGGAGUUCUCGCAAGGCCCAGACUUCGACAACGCCAAAGCCUGCAUCGCCGCGUAUCAGAAACAGGUCACAGCUCUCUCUCUCGAAGACCGAGAGCUUAUGCAGAGGAUCCUGCAGAAGAGACGCUUCACCAGAGGAGAAAGUGCACAUAACACGAUGACCAACCAUGUUUUGUGCUGCGACUACUCCAAGAAACAAUUCAACCUGGAAUGCUUAUGCUGGCCUACAUACGUCCUGCUGCAUGCCAUGUACGGCGACGACAUGCACAAACCGUACGUAGCAGCCGCCGAAAUUGUAUGGAGGGUGUUGGUCAUCAAGAAUUACUAG